UUUAGCAACUCGGAACCGGAAAAGUGUGUUCAUCAAGUUUACAAACAUAAAAAAAUGAAGAAUUUGGCAAAAGUUUGUUAAACGGGAAGCAGAAAUCAGCUGUGAAAGUACAAUCGGUGUGACCAGAGCCCUAGUCUCUUUCGGCUAUGUAGCAACAGUGGGACCAGAGCUGAGGAGUAGAACGCUAAUUAUGUUGUUUACGGCGCAGCAGCUGAAAAUCGCAUUUUUCUGAUUGUGUAGCAAGUCCUCCAAAAUGAUCUGUCGCCUUUGUCUGCGCUGCCUCAGCCCCGGCAGCGCCGUCUUCCUGUUCGAAACGGACGAGACGCUGGCGGAGACGCGGCUGGUCAAGAUGAUAGCCAAGUUUCUCCAGUUGGAGAUCCUGCCCGACGACAGCAUCUCGACCAAUGUGUGCACCGACUGCUGUGAGCACUUGGAGGACUUCAACGGCUUCUGGCAGCUGGUGGAGCAGAAGCAGUGCUCGCUGAACAAGGAGUUCCUCAACGUUGACGUCGACUGCGUGGCCCUGAAGUGGACGGGUGGCGUGGAUGUGGACGUAAACAUUGACGAACUGCCGCUGGCGGCGACUGACAUGGACGAGAAGCCGCUGGACAUGCACAACCUAAGCCUGCUGGGCAGCGUGCUGGAUGUGAAUGUUGAUAGUGUAGAGGUGGCGGCGCAGGCGCCAGUUUCUGUGUCCGUCAAGGAGCAAGAUGACUCUGAGGAGGACGAGAAGCCCUACCUAGAGGCCAUGCACACGAGUGAUAGCGAGCCUGAAGCGCCAGAGGCGCUUCCAGACGCUUCCUCCUCGGACGAUGAGCCGCUGGUCCGGCUUCAGAACAAGGGCAAGACGCCGGCCAAGCGCAAGCGCCCUUCCAAGGAUCGGGGGAGCGGGAUUUCCCUGCACCAGGAGCUCAAGGAGCUGCUCGACGACGGCAGCAAGCGGCGGCGUAGAAAGGCGCCCGACCAGCGAAUUGGCAAUGAUAUGCAGGAGACCGAGCUGCAGGCCGUCCUCGAACGCAAGCCUAAGGGAUGCUCACGCGCACAGCUGGCUAAGCGGUACGAGGAGGCCAUUGCCAGCUAUAUGAGCGCCAGCUGUGACCUGUGCGACUUCAGCGCCCAGUACCUGUCCGAGCUGAAGACCCAUUUCCUGGAGGCUCACCAGCGCGAGUACUACAUUAAAUGCUGCGGCAAGGUCUUUACACGCGCCUCUAAGCUGAUGGACCACAUCCGAAAGCAUGUCAACCCCAAGCUCUUUACCUGUACCAUCUGCCAGAAAUCGCUCAACUCCCAGGACUACCUAGCCACCCACAUCGAGACCGUGCACAACAAAGUCGCCCAGAUCGGCAAGGUGCUCAAGUUUCCCUGCCCCAAGUGCGAACGCACCUUCAGCAGCGAGCGCCGUAUGGCCAACCACCUGGCCAAGCACGACACCGACCAGUUGGAGCACACCUGCGAGAUCUGCUGCAAGAGCUUUGCGAAUGUACACCGGCUACGAAGGCACAUCCAAUCCAUCCACGAAGACCUGCACCGCCACGUCUGCGACAUCUGCGGCAAAAAGUUUAAAUUCAAGCCUUCCUUCGAGCGACAUCUGCUGGAGCACCAGGGUGUGGUAGCGCCGGCAGUAGAGUGCCCGGUUUGCGGAGUGUGGCUGAAGAAUGAGCAUAGCCUGCGGUUGCAUCGAUUCACGCACGACAGCACGGACACAGUGUGUCCGCACUGCGGCAAGACCUGCACCUCGCGGACCGCUCUCCGAGGCCACGUAAAGUACGCCCACAAGUUGACCACCAACCUGCAGUGCACGUACUGCGAGAAGAGCUUUAAGCAGCAGCGCAACCUGGACGAGCACAUGGCCAUCCACACGGGCCUGCAGCUGUACAACUGCCCGCACUGCCCCAAGGAAUGUCGCUCCCGCUCCAAUAUGUACGUGCACAUAAAGCAACGCCACGCGGACGAGUGGUUGCGUGCGAAGAUGGCACGCUCGCACAACCCCCAGUUUAAACCGGGAUCUGCGGAGGCUCAGUCCUGAGCCCCACCAUGUUUUCCCACUUUAGUAUACGCCCCUGAAGAGUCCAGUCUAAGCUUCUGUGAGAGAUAAGAGCAGAGCACACAAAUGUGCUUAACCAAUAGAUAUAUACGUAACCUUAACUUGU